UUCCUUUUAUUUUUAUUCGCUCGGACUUGCCUACCUACAAAUGGCGCUUCUUCUCUACUCCCAACAAAGUUGAAGCACCCAAAUUAAUAAUAAUAAGAAUAAUCUAGGGUUUGUUAUCCUCCUCUCUCCGCAAUGAAGCGCGAUUUCGACGAAAUUUCAGACGACGAGUGGGCUAACCACUCCUUCAAGCCCUCUCGCAUUCUCACAACCACACAAAACGGCAAACACAAAUCCAAUUCGUCUUCUUCCGCUUCUUUUCGUCCUCCUUUAGAAUCCUUCGCUUUCAAAAAACCACAACAAAAUUCAUUUAGCAGCGUUGUCGACGAUUGUGUCCAAGUCACCGAGCAUUUCAAUUUGGAGGACGAUGACGUGGAGGAGGAGGAGGAGACUACAAGGCCAUCAGCGGUGAAUCGUGGUCGUCGAUUCGUGGUCGAUGAUGAUGACGAGGAUGAAGAGGUGGAAGAGCGAGAGCGCGGCGGGGAUUUGGCGGAGGUUUAUGAUAUAAAAUCGAGCGACGAGGAGUGGGAGGAGGAGGAAUUGGCGGUUGAAGAUGAUGAUUUGGUGGGCAAAGCAUUGCAGAAAUGCUCUAAAAUAUCGGUGGAGUUGAAGAGGGAGCUGUACGGCUCUGGAGUGACCUCGUGCGACCGGUACGCCGAGGUGGAGGCUUCUUCAGUCAAGAUUGUUACUCAGGAUGAUAUCGAUGCAGCGUGUGCAGUGGCAGAUUCAGAUUUCCAGCCUGUCCUCAAGCCAUACCAGCUGGUUGGUGUCAAUUUUCUUCUUCUGCUGCACCGAAAGGGCAUUGGAGGAGCCAUAUUGGCAGAUGAGAUGGGUCUUGGGAAGACCAUUCAGGCAAUUACAUACUUGACGUUGUUGAAAUACUUACACAAUGACCCUGGUCCACAUUUAAUUGUGUGUCCUGCCUCCCUGUUGGAAAACUGGGAAAGAGAACUGAAAAAGUGGUGUCCAUCAUUUUCUGUACUCCAGUAUCAUGGGGCUACCAGAUCUGCCUAUUCAAAAGAGUUGGGUUCAUUGGCCAAAGCUGGGUUGCCACCUCCUUUUAAUGUGCUCCUUGUCUGUUACUCACUUUUUGAGCGGCAUAGUGCUCAGCAGAAAGAUGAUCGUAAAAUUCUGAAACAUUGGCAAUGGAGCUGUGUUAUAAUGGAUGAGGCUCAUGCUUUGAAGGAUAAGAACAGCUAUAGGUGGAAAAACCUGAUGUCAGUUGCAAGGAAUGCAAACCAGCGUUUGAUGCUCACUGGGACGCCUCUGCAGAAUGAUUUACAUGAGCUAUGGUCAUUAUUGGAGUUUAUGAUGCCUGAUCUUUUUGCUACUGAGGACGAGGACUUGAAAAAGCUACUGAAUGCAGAAGAUGGAGAUUUAAUUGGUCGUAUGAAGUCUAUUUUGGGACCAUUCAUCUUGAGGCGUUUAAAAUCUGAUGUCAUGCAACAACUAGUUCCAAAGAUACAGCGGGUUGAGUAUGUUUCAAUGGAAAAGCAUCAGGAGUAUGCUUACAAAGAAGCAAUAGAGGAAUAUCGUGCAGUUUCGCAUGCUCGUAUUGCAAAGGUUUCAGAUUGUGACCCAAAUACUAUCGCUGGAGUUCUUCCUCGGCGGCAGAUCUCAAAUUAUUUUGUUCAGUUCCGCAAGAUUGCCAAUCAUCCAUUAUUGGUGAGGCGAAUUUACAGUGAUGAGGAUGUCAUUCGUUUUGCCAAAAAGUUACAUCCAAUGGGUGCAUUUGGCUUUGAAUGUACCCUGGAAAGGGUAAUAGAGGAACUAAAAAGCUACAACGAUUUUUCUAUUCACCGGCUUUUACUCUAUCAUGAUAUAAAUGAGAAAAAAGGAAUCCUUUCAGACAAGUAUGUUAUGCUUUCAGCUAAAUGUCGGGCAUUAGCUGAACUUCUUCCUGACCUGAAGAAGUGUGGGCAUCGGGUUCUGAUUUUUAGCCAGUGGACUUCGAUGCUAGACAUCCUAGAGUGGACUUUGGAUGUACUUGGGGUUACAUAUAGAAGACUUGAUGGAAGUACUCAGGUGACAGAGAGACAGGCCAUAGUGGAUGCUUUCAAUAAUGACACCUCCAUAUCUGCAUGUUUGCUGUCCACUAGAGCUGGAGGUCAGGGUUUGAACUUGACAGGAGCUGAUACUGUAAUUAUCCACGAUUUGGAUUUCAACCCACAAAUUGAUAGGCAGGCAGAAGAUCGUUGUCAUCGCAUUGGCCAAACAAAGCCUGUCACCAUAUACAGGCUGGUGACCAAGGGCACGGUUGAUGAGAAUGUUUAUGAGAUAGCAAAACGGAAGCUAGUGUUGGAUGCUGCAGUGCUCGAGUCUGGCAUGGAGGUAAAUAAUGAGGGAGACACAUUAACUAUGGGGGAGAUAUUAUCAUCACUUUUGAUGGUAUAGAAAGUCUAAGCAAUCACAGAGACUUGCUUCAGAACAUUUCCGAGCGUGCUCCCUGUUUUGGGGAUGUGUGCAAUGCAGUGAUGAACAGCCCGUCAGUCUUCUGUGAUCUGGGGAUUUUCACUCUUAUUUUUGCCCGUUAUUUCUAUGAUAUCCGCUAUAUUAGUUAGGCUCGACCUGAGGUGGGGAUUCAUUUAUAUAAUUUAUAUUUUUAAUGGGUGUAAAUAGCCCUUCAAUUCUUACA